AUGUCACAGUUGUCAAAUAUGUUGAAAGAGCACAGCAAAAAACAACAUCUGCGAAGAGAAGUACAAGAAAAAUUGAAAAACGAAGCUGUGGUGGCUGCUCAAACCUUGUCAACAGCAGUUGUGGAUCAUUUAAAUGCAAAAGUAUCUCAAGCCUAUGGGAAUCAAAAACGUCUUGAUGUUGAAGCAAAACGGUUCGAGAACAAUUCGGCUGCUCUGGCGAAACAAACGGAACAAUGGCUAUUCAUCACCGAAGGCUUGAACUAUGCCUUGAAAGAGAUUGGAGACGUCGAAAACUGGUCACAAACAAUCGAGAAUGAUAUGAAAAUAAUCACAGAGACUCUUCGAAGAGCUUACGAAGCCAAAAACCUUCCAGCUGUUGCAUCUCCGUCAGCGAAUCCAGCGAGUCACUAA